CAUUAUACUUCGUGCAACCUCGGACUAAUUAUUGAUGACACUCACCGCAACACAAUGUUUAUAUAAUAAUUGUUGAUAAUAGUAACGAUGCUCAACAAGCAUGUGCUGAAAAUUUGGAAUGCAGGUAGAACGUCAUACGCCAAAGGCCUUCAACUGCAGGCGGUAUUGGCUGGCCGACACCAUAAACAACAAGAUCCUGCCGAGGACCAUGAUACCCUACUCAUUGUUGAACACACUCCUGUUUAUACCAUAGGAAUCAGGACAAGAGACUACAGUGAUGCUGAUAUUAAGUUAUUGAAAGCCACUGGUGCUGAAUUUCAUAAAACAAACAGAGGAGGUUUAAUCACUUUUCAUGGUCCUGGCCAGCUUGUAGCAUAUCCUAUCAUUAAUCUCAAACAUUACAGAUGUAGCAUCAAAUGGUAUGUCCAUGCCUUGGAGAAUUGUAUUAUUAAUCUUUGUAAGAAGUAUUAUGGUCUUCCUGCUGCUAUGUCACCAUACACUGGUAUCUGGAUUAAUGACAAGAAGGUUUGUGCUAUUGGUAUUCACGGCAGUCGUUUUAUAACCACUCACGGACUAGCGCUCAACUGUAAUGUCGACCUCACGUGGUUCGACAACAUCGUACCUUGUGGUAUUAAAGAUAAAGGUGUCACUAGCAUAAGUCAAGAAACUAAAAAAGACGUUGGAAUAGAGGCUGUCACUCCACAAUUCGUACAAACAUUCUGUGAUACAUUCAACUGCGCGCACAUCGAUUACCCUCGUGAGGAACAGGAGAGUAUUCUGAGAAACUUGGACGGCGAUAGGAACGAAUCUGUGCAAAUUAGAUAACAAAGUGUGUAGUAGUAAACAAAUUCUUUUUUUAUAUAAAUAAUUUAAUAUGUGCAACUUUCCUUACUUAUCCUAUUCCAUAUUUUAAUAUCACUAGUCACUAAAUAGUUAAUCAAGAACCGAAUCUUAGAUUAUUUAGAGUUGAAGUAACAUAAAGUUUUUGAUUGGAGAGCAAAUACUUUUAAGAAUUAUAUUUACACGCACGAUUUUAUAUGAAUGAAUGAUCAUUGGUUUUUUUUUUACAUGAUUUUGAGCUUCCAAUCAACUUUAUUUUACCGUUUGUCACUGUUUUGUUAUGCUCAGUUACCAACUCCACCUUGGGGUGCACACAGGGCAAAUUCUUCUUCUGAAACUUAAAGAAGGCAACUUGUUUAAUAGUUUUUGAUGGGGAAACGUAUUCACAAGUUCUGAAAAAAAGUUUUGAAUAAUUUAGACCAUAAAACUGUCUAAAUCAUUGAAUAAUUAUGUCUUAAUGAGCUAGAUUUUAAAUAAAAAUAGUUUUUUAAGUAUAUAUAAUAAAAAUU